AGUUCUGCAAGCAUGGCUGCCUCCGUAAAGAAAGCAGCACACGACAUCGAAACGCGAAAGCGGACCGACGACGUGCUUCUGGCGGAGGGCAUCGACUUCGGGUCCCUGUUGCUGUCGCAGGCCGUGCUGGACGGACUGUCCGCCUCUGGGUUCCACAAACCGUCCCCUAUCCAACUCAAAGCGAUCCCGCUGGGCCGCUGCGGACUCGAUUUGAUUGUACAAGCGAAGUCUGGAACAGGAAAGACAUGUGUGUUCUGCACCAUCGCCCUCGACUCGCUGAUCCUGGAGAAUCGGACUACUCAGGUUCUCGUUUUGGCUCCCACACGCGAGAUAGCGGUGCAGAUUCACUCAGUGGUGAUGGCCAUCGGGUGUGCCAUGGAGGGCCUGGAAUGCCAUGUUUUCAUUGGGGGCAGGCCCGUGAGCCAAGACAAGGUCCACCUGAAGAACUGUCACAUAGCGGUGGGCUCACCUGGUCGGAUCAAGCAGCUGAUCGAGCUGGGCAUGCUGUCCACCACCAGCAUCCGGCUGUUUGUCCUGGACGAGGCGGACAAACUGCUGGAGGAGGGCAGCUUCCAGGAACAGAUAAACUGGAUAUUCUCUUCUCUGCCAGUUAACAAGCAGAUGCUCGCACUCUCUGCCACAUACCCAGAGUCCCUUGCUCAGCACCUUACCCGCUACAUGAACGAGCCCACCUUUGUUAGACUCAACCCCAGAGACAUGGGCCUUAAAGGACUGAAGCAGUAUUAUAAGCUGGUGCAGUCCCAUCCGCUGCCCCACAAAGUGUUCGAGGAGAAGGUUCAGCACCUACUGGACCUGUUCAGUAAAAUCCCCUUCAACCAAUCCUUGGUGUUUUCUAACCUGCACACCAGGGCUCAGCACCUGGCAGACGUCCUGUCCUCCAAAGGCUUACCUGCUGUUUGCAUAUCAGGCGGUCUGAGCCAGGACCAAAGACUGGAGGCCAUGUCAAAACUGAAGCAGUACCAGUGCAGGGUGCUCAUCUCCACUGACCUGACUUCCAGGGGCAUAGAUGCAGACAAAGUGAACCUGGUGGUAAACCUCGACGUUCCACAGGACUGGGAAACCUACAUGCACAGAAUUGGACGCGCUGGACGCUUUGGCACUCAGGGGCUAGCUGUGACCUACUGUUGCCAUGGUGAGGAGGAGAACAAGAUGAUGGCAAUAGCUCAAAAGUGUGCCCUCAGUUUGUCUCCUCUGCCUUCCACCUUAGAGCCCGGGCUGAUGGAUGAGCCGUGUGACUGGGAUGUCUGCGCUGAGGCCUCCACUCCAGAGUCCGUUUCCCAGCUGUUUUCCAGAGCUCAGAAGAAGAAGCGUACAAAGACUGUGGCCCCUUUGCCUGAUCCUAUUGCAGAUCAAGAUGUUGAGCACAGAAAGCCGGAAGAGACGCACCCAGGGCAGAACAGGCCGCUCCAUGUGGAGGAAAGUCCAAGACAGAUGUCCUCCAAAAGGCAUGUUGUGCCAGAACACAGCGCCUCUGAAUCGACUCCAACUCGAAAAGAGCUGCAAGAUGCCCUGCCGAAGAUCCCUCCUCUCAGCUCAUUCAAGAACCGCUCGAGGUUCGUUCCCUUUCAGGAGGCUGAGCAAGAUUUCCACGACUUCAUCAGCUCUGGCUUAGGGAGGUCUGUGGAGGUCAUCAGGAUCUUUGGAAGCAGAGAAGACGGUGGCACCAAUGAUCAGAGUGGACAUCGGGAAUCUGUCAUUCUUAAUGAUGACAGUGUUUACAAUCCCAGUUUUACGCAGCGUCGUAAAUGCUUCAAGUCUGACGUUUCACCUCAGAGGCCACUUUCGGAUCCCAGUAACUCUCAGUCCGACCUGGAGGAUGAGAAGACUUUGGAAAGCUCAAAUGAGACCAAAGGAGAUGAAUCUGGAGAAGUCACUGUAUCCCCGAUGGAACCUACACCAGCUGUGCAAAAACUCUAUGCUCCUAGAAUACAUGAGAAGACACCCCAUGCAACAAGUGUGAGAGCUUUGCCUCACCAUGAAGGCAGUCAAUCUGCACUCAGCACAAAAGUAAGCAGGCAACCAAAUCAAAACGUCCAAGCACAGGCCGGCUGGGAUGGAUCAAACACUGUGAAAAAAGAGAGCAGAAAGGACUCCAGGAAAGUGAAAGGGGAACCAAGGAGGCAAAACAAUGAGGAGGACCUCAUGGAAACAGAGGAGUGGAGCUCGGAGGCAUACUGGAGAGCCCAUUACAGAGCCUGGAGGGAUUACUACACCUCUAUGUCCACCUUUCAAGAACAGGGGUAUGAAAGUUACUACAACGCUGCUCAUAGCUGGAUGGCAGCUUACCGCAUGAAUGCAGUCUACAUGAACGAACUCAUGAAACGCUGACCCAUCCGUGAUGCAACUCAGCUUCUCAAGUCAUGUUGAUUUCCUGUUUCGAUGUGUAAAUGCAUCCUGCAUGAAAGGAAUUCAGUGCAGGAACGCACUUGUUUCACCUCACGGUCUGACACAACGCAUUUAAGUUUAUGUUCUUUUCAAAUCAUUUUUACAAGUGUCUUUCUUUUCCGAAUAAAUUUCCUUUACCGUGCAUGUAAAGUGUAUCAGCCAUCUCUUUUUCUUCAUCUUGAGGAGCAAGAACAAAAUUAAACAUG